AUGAUUAAAUACGACGCUCAAACUCAGACAUCUUCACUGAGUUCAGGGAGUUGGGAUGUAGAUUUUAAAUCCUAUGAAAAUCUUAGCCAGAAAGGGUUCCAUAAAAUGAUAACUGUAUCCAAAAGAGCAGCAAAUUGUAUUAAUCCACCACGAGCCAUCUUCGAAACUUUGUCGGUCAAACCAAAUCCUGACAAAUAUCUCAUAUCCUUAUCACAAGGUGAUCCUUCACUCCACCAAUUAUUCCCAGUCCACAAUGAAAUGAUGGACGCCGUCAUAAACUCUGUCAAAAGUAGGCAAUUCAACUCCUAUGUUCCUUCUGUUGGACUUGAGUCAGCUAGAAUAGCCAUUGCCAAUCUAUACAUUAAACAAGGUGUCAAUAUCAAUUGGAAAGAUGUUUUCUUGACAACAGGUUGUACGCAAGCCCUGCAAUGGUCUAUUGAAUGUUUGGCCGAUAGGGGCGACAAUAUACUUAUUCCAAAACCUUGUUUUCCCAUUUACAAGACCUUCGCAAAAAUGAAUGGAAUCGCAUUUCAGAGCUACAAUCUAAUCCCUAAAAAUCAAUGGGAAAUCAAUUUGGAGCAUUUAGAAUCCCUGAUAAACUCGAAAACAAAGGCGAUAAUUAUUAAUAACCCUUCGAAUCCAUGUGGAUCCGUAUUUUCCAAAAAACACAUUCUUAAAUUCCUCAAAUUAGUGUCAAAAUAUGAUUUACCAGUAAUAUCCGACGAGGUAUACGCUCACAUUGUUUUUCCUGGUCAAAUUUAUUAUUCAAUAGCCGAUCUAUCUUCCACUGUGCCGAUUAUAAUAUGCAACUCGAUAAGCAAACGGUACAUAGUGCCGGGUUGGAGAAUCGGGUGGAUAGCCAUAUAUGACCCCAUUCAUUGCUUGGAUCGAGUCAAAGAGGCUAUAUGCCGGUUGUGCCAAGCCAGCUUUGGUGUUAGUUCUAUGAUACAAGCCGCUUUACCUACAAUAUUAACCAAAACCCCCGAUUCCUACUUUCUAAAUGUUGUUCAAUUAGCCUACGAGAAUGCUAAAGAAAUAAAAAGCGCUCUCGCAAAAGUCCCGGGCAUCACCGCAAUGUUUCCCCAAGGCGCCAUAUUUAUGAUGAUCUAUAUAUCCAUGAAAUGCUUUCCCGAGUUCAAAAGCGAAUUUGAAGUAGUCGAGAGACUUAUACAAGAGGAAUCCGUUUUUCCGUAUCCAUCUUCGAUAUUCGGAAUAGGCGGCUACAUUCGAAUUUCGUUGAUAAUCCCUAAAGAUAAAGCCAUUGUUGCGGCCGAAAGAAUGUCCAAAUUUUUCAAAAAUCAUUACAGAUUUCAAAAUUUAGAAAUAUAA